AUCAUGCAGAUCUUCGUCAAGACCCUGACCGGCAAGACCAUCACCCUCGAGGUUGAGUCUUCUGACACUAUCGACAACGUCAAAUCCAAGAUUCAGGACAAGGAGGGUAUCCCCCCCGACCAGCAACGCUUGAUUUUCGCCGGCAAGCAGCUUGAGGACGGCCGCACUCUCUCUGAUUACAACAUUCAGAAGGAGUCCACCCUUCAUCUUGUCCUCCGCCUCCGUGGUGGUAUGCAAAUUUUCGUCAAGACCCUCACUGGCAAGACCAUCACCCUUGAGGUCGAGUCUUCCGAUACCAUCGACAACGUCAAGUCGAAGAUUCAGGACAAGGAGGGCAUUCCUCCUGAUCAGCAGCGCCUGAUCUUUGCUGGAAAGCAACUCGAAGACGGCCGAACCCUUGCCGACUACAACAUUCAGAAGGAAUCUACUCUUCAUCUCGUCCUCCGCCUCCGUGGUGGUAUGCAAAUCUUUGUCAAGACCCUUACUGGAAAGACCAUUACUUUGGAAGUCGAGUCAUCCGAUACCAUUGAUAAUGUGAAGAGCAAGAUCCAAGACAAGGAGGGUAUUCCUCCUGACCAGCAGCGCCUGAUCUUUGCUGGAAAGCAACUCGAAGACGGCCGAACUCUUUCCGACUACAACAUCCAGAAGGAAUCUACUCUCCACUUGGUUCUCCGUCUUCGUGGUGGUAUGCAGAUUUUCGUGAAGACUCUCACUGGCAAGACCAUCACUCUUGAGGUCGAAUCCAGCGACACUAUCGACAACGUGAAGAGCAAGAUUCAGGAUAAGGAGGGUAUCCCCCCUGAUCAGCAGCGUCUUAUCUUCGCUGGUAAGCAGCUGGAAGAUGGUCGCACCUUGAGCGACUACAACAUCCAGAAGGAGUCAACUCUCCACCUCGUUCUCCGACUUCGCGGUGGCCAGUAG